CCGAAAUCUCACAUUUUCAUCACAACUCAGAUCCAAUUGUUCCCUCUUAAAACCCUAAAUUACAUUCUGCAUAAAUCUCAAAUGGCUCGUACUAAGCAAACAGCAAGGAAAUCAACAGGAGGAAAAGCUCCAAGGAAGCAAUUAGCAAUAAAGGCAGCUAGAAAAUCAGCACCUGCAACAGGAGGAGUGAAGAAACCUCAUAGAUUCAGGCCAGGAACUGUAGCUUUAAGAGAAAUCAGAAAGUAUCAAAAGAGUACUGAACUUUUGAUCCGUAAACUUCCAUUUCAACGUUUGGUUCGAGAGAUUGCUCAGGAUUUUAAGACUGAUUUAAGGUUUCAAAGUUCAGCAGUUGCAGCUCUUCAAGAAGCAGCUGAAGCUUAUCUUGUUGGUCUCUUUGAAGAUACUAAUCUCUGUGCAAUUCAUGCUAAGAGGGUUACCAUCAUGCCUAAGGAUAUUCAACUUGCUAGGAGAAUCAGAGGUGAACGUGCUUGAAGAAUGAAAUAAACUAGGGUUUCUGUGUAAAUGUUCUCGAGGUUUAAGGCUAAGAUGAAUGAUAUUAGGUAGUAUUUUCUUUUCUGAAUGGAAUGGAUUUUGUAUCAGUCAUGCUAUCUUGACUGCUUAAUUACCAUCUAAUGAAAUCAAGAUUUGGUUCUA